UAUCCAGAAGUGACAUGUGAUGACUUUUGUUCUUUGAGGUUCUGUCCGUUCGUUUUCUGCACUAGAUUAACCAAAUUGUAAUUUGACUAAAUUAUAUUAUUACUCAGCUGUUACUGUCUGUAACCAGUUUGUAAUUGGACGACUAAUGAAAUCAUAUUUAAGCAGUACUAUAGAGCACAACAUUUCUAGCAAACAAAAAAAUGUUCUGCUGAUAAAAUUGCUUUCGUUUUGCCAGUCCACUUCUCUGAAGAGAAUAGCCACCAUUGUUUAUACUCUGUCCCGAGUUUUUGCUUCCACCACUUUUUGCUUGAUAUUUAAAUAAUAGUUAAUACCUUUGUGCUCAAACUACAUUCAUCCACUAAUAUGAAAAAUGUCCAGAUUAUCUGUUAUCUCUACCGCGUCAGGUUUCAAUACACAUCCCAAAAUUGAAUGUCUACGGAGAUUUUGCAUUGCAUCAGCCAUUAAUAAGCCCGGAUGAUAACGUUAAAAAAUUGUGUGAGGUAUCCUGAGUACUUCUCCCAAUGGAGAAAAGAUGUAAACAUUUCCCAUUAUAAAUCUCUGUAUGUGUACUUUUAUUAAAAAUCAUCAAAAACUGAUUGAGGCAGUAACUUGGAACAGACUUUAGUGAAUUAUUUUCAAAUUUUACUAAGUAGACUGAAAGGUCUUCGGUUUAGGUGCUGUUCAAAGACAAAUGGCAGCAGUAUGGCUUCUGAAAAACAAGGCUAUUUAGGAAAUCUUGAAGAAAAAUCUAUCCAAGAGCUUAAGGAAUUGUUGACCAGGGAAGAGAACAUCCUAAGAAAGAAAAAAUUUGUUUCAAGUCUUCCAGACAAAGGCAAAAAAAUAAUUGAGUUCAGACAGAAACUGUUAAAUUUAAUCAGCAAAAAGCAGGAUCUGUAUCAUGAGACAGCUUUACCCCAGACUUUGAUCUCCAGCGGUGAAGAGAAAAUAAAACAGCAUCUAAAUCCACUUAUAAAACCAAAAUCUAGGUUUUCAGAGGAAGAAAAGGUUUUUAAAUCAAUGGAAAAUGACAGUGUAGAAAUGACUAAGAAGGAUGUGGCCCGUGACAUUGUUUCCAUGGAGAGUCAGCCCAGAGGGCCAGAGGAAGAAGCCGUGAUAAUGCAUGACAACAAAUCACCAAUGCAAACAACACAGGACAAUGCAAACACUUUACCAUCACCAUUGCAAACUGCUCAAAUCACGACAGAUGGUGCAAGUGAAUUUGCAAAGUUGAGAGAUAAGAGUCACCAAGGUGACCAAAAAACUACUCAAGUUGUUACAAAUCUAUCUUGUGGUGUAAAUAAAACUCCCAAAACGGCACAGAGUCAAGACACUGAUGUAAAUAUGUUAGAAAAUGCCAUGGAAAGAAUGGAGUUUGGUCCCGGUGUUCCUAGCAUAGAAUCUGAGGAACUGAGGGAUAAAAUACUAGAGAACUCUGCAAAAGUUUCUUCACAAUUUAAAACCAACAGUUUCUUGAAAAUACAUCAUGUAGAGGACCUCCCUGACAAAUACAAGUGGAAGUCUCGACAGAAUCAUCCAAUCUUAGGGCCUGAUUCAUCAGCUCCACAUCACAUGACUGUCAGGGAAGAUUCAGCUGCCACACCCCCUGACUAUAAAUACAAAGAGGCCAGACUCAUUCCCUUAGACGAGUCCAUGCAAUUACAGCAAGCACAACAAAAGCACCAGGAGGAGCUACAAGCACAAGCCGCAGCAGAGAGACUAGCCAGGUCGCUAAAAAUCAAGAUGGAACCUUACAACCCAGAGGGAAGAAAUAUGUUAUAUCGAACUCGGGAAGACCCCAUGGAUACCGACAGCGAUGAUGAGCCGGAAGUCGAGUUUUAUCCUGAUGAUGUGGAUUGACAUAUCAGGAGGUAGAGUUUUAAUGAAUGAAUUUAACAAGAGAUGGAGUUUAUAAUGAAUGAUUAUAACAAGUGGCAGAGUUUAUAAUGAAUGAUUAUAACAAGUGGCAGAGUAUAUAAUGAAUUGUUGUAACAAGUGACAGAGUUUAUAAUGAAUGAUUAUAACAAGUGGCAGAGUUUAUAAUGAAUUGUUAUAACAAGUGGCAGAGUUUAUAAUGAAUGAUUAUAACAAGUGGCAGAGUUUAUAAUGAAUUGUUAUAUCAGAUGGCUGAGUUAAUCAGGAUUUGUUAUGGCUGGAGACAGCUAGAGCUGAUAAUGUCCAAUGAUUAUGUCAAGAGGUUACAAUGUUUAUUGAUAGAAAUAUCAUUAUAUCAGGAGAUAUG